UUUCACCAGGUUGUGGGCCGUGAAGCUGUCGAGCCCAGAGGUGGGUUCAUCCAGGAUGAGGAUUCCUUCCCACGAAAGAGAAGCCUGGUUAAGGGGCAGGGCUCCGGCCGGACCGGAUUAAGCCAGGCGGGCGGUGCAGGCCCCUCCUGCCUCACCUGGGCUCCACAGCAGCUGCACUGCGAUGCUGACUCUGCGCCGCUCGCCCCCGGACACGCCCCGCACGUAGGAGUUGCCUAUGAGCGUGUUGGCGCAUUGGCGCAGCCGCAGCUCCGCGAUCACGUCGGCCACCUGGGAGGCAGGGGCCUGCGGAUAUAGGAGGGCUGCGCCGGCCUGCUCGCAGCCUGGCCUGUGGCGACCCACAGUGGAAAGACGCCUGGGUUUACGGCGCCAGCCUUCAUUUCCCCGAUUCAACGUUUGUUCCCUGAUUCUUUCCACACAUCCAGAGCAGCUCCCACGUGCCGAGCACGGAACCACUUACUGGGAACGUGGCCAUGCCCUGGCUUUCUGCCCGCACGGAGAACCGGAAAACAACUCUCCAGUGCUACUUUCUGUCUGCCAGUUGGAUUGCUGCCCAAUUCAUGACUCGUUGAAUAAAGUCAGUAAGAUCUUUAAAAUUUAAUCAGUUGGAUUUGUUUCAUCAUCUGAGAACCAGGAGACCAGAGUUCUAGUUCUUGCUCUGCAUUAAAUCUCCAAUAUGUGUAGUGGACGGACGCCUCCGUGGUGCUUGUAGCCAAAACGUGAGGUAUCACUGUGGCCUGGACUCCGUCCUUAGGGCAGAGGGCCCCCAGCUGGGUUAACCCUUCCCUUCCACUUGGGGAAUUGUUUGGCCCUCCCUGCCUGCUCCUCCCACCUGCACUCAGGUGUGCCUCUACCUGGUAGCUGAGAUCUCGGACCUCCAAGGUAUUGGACUGGCCACUGUAGGUGAAGUACAGGCUGUUGUCACUUUCAGAGGAGAACAUGCUGUCCUGGAGGCCCUGCCGGGAGACAUGACAGGUGAGGGGCUCCUUCCGAAGGAGGAGGACAUAGGAGAAAACAGAGAGAGGAGACCCAGAGAGGUGAGAGCAGGAGCUAGCGUGGGUGAGAUCCUGAGUGGACAAGAGAUGGAUUUGCAGGAGGAACCCAAGGGCUCUGAGAAAACAGGAGCAUCCAUGAGGUCAGGGCUCCGCUUCCCUGCAGAGAGAGCUUUGGGGCUUCCCUCCAGCACAGCCUCUAGGCCCCAGAGAAGCUCAACCACAGGCUGCUGGAAGCUGAACGCAGAUCUCUCUUGGAAGAGACCCAGACCCUGGACUGGAGAGAGCUUUGUGAGCCUCUGUGCUUGGAGAAGACCUGGGCUGGGGGCUGGCCUUUAACUUUCUCUUCCCUGCAUCUGGCUUAGUAUCUCCUGACGCCAAACAGACUUUGCAUGUGAGAGGAAGACCGCUGUCAACAAGCUAGUGCUCAGUACUUGUGAAGACACUACCAUUAGAGGAGUUGCAUCUUAUCUUGCGUCCGGGUGUGCUUUAUGUGGAAACAACAUGGCUUGUGACUUCUGUGAAAAUAACAUCCAGCAGUCUUCGUCACAGCAUCCCUGCAAUGUUGGAGGUAAAAGGUCCUUAAAAAGGACAUUGAGACCAGUGGAAGUGGAGGGAAGUAAAUCCGGGGGACAGUCUGCUGCAGGCUCACUAGUCCUCUGCCAUCCUGUCUCAUCAGUUUGCUGCCACUGAGGCUCUGAACUUGACAGCCACACGGACAGAGGAGACACUGCAACAUCCCCGGGAGGUGUGAGUGCAUUUCCGUGAUGGAGCCUCAUUUGGAAAGAAGCCAGAUCAGCUCAGGUCGCAAACAAGAACAUCAUUUCCCUGUAGGAGCACGGCUUAGGACAGGAAGUGACCUCAGAGGCCCCCCACCAACCCCUGGCCCCUGAGUCCGCUCCCCUCAGCCCUCUGAUGCCCAGGAAGUGGAGUGCUGCUGUCAUGUCCUUGCUCUGCUUGUGGUCCUGCUGGUGAGUUAGGACCGAAAGUUCCUGAGGGAGAGAAAGGUCCAAUGCGCCCCCCUCCCACCAGGACUGUGGUGACUCCCCAUCACUCACCGAGUCAUCCUGGGGAGCAGCCCUGUCCCCCAGCCCUGUCUCCUGUGGAGCCUCCUCGGCCGUGGGGCCCAGUGGUAUCUGCGCCUGUCUCUGCAGCUUCCUUUGGACUUAACCACUGCCGGCCAGGGCCACAUUCUCUGUCUCCCAGAGCUAGGCAACCUCUGGUCUGGCUCCCAGCAUUCCUCUCUGGUCAGCCCUGCCACAAACACGGGCUGUGUGCUCUGCCCGCUGCCGAGAUAACACGCAGACACACUCUGGCUAAAGGUACAUCAGAUAAUGGCAUCCACGGCCAAACCCCAGGCCCGCCACUGGGAAGGCCUGAGGAGGGGCUCCAGGGCCAGGUGAGGGGCAGGCGGGACUGUCUGCCUCUGGCUCCUUGGCUGAGGCCGCCGAAGGGAGGGUCAGGCGAGAAAAUUCCCCUGUCUUUGCGGCCCAUUGGCCAUGAGUGAACUCCACUUUUUGACCCCUGCGGGGUCCUCGGAACUCCAGGUAAACAGAAGCUCUCAAUGCUCCCUAGAGGAGGUUCCUGCAGCUGCUUCUAAGCCUCGACACAGCCUGGGCAUUCUCCCUGCCUCCUACAGUGUCAGCCACUGCGUGGGGCCCUGGUGGGACAUCGCGCCUCGCCGACAGAAGUGGACCAGGCAGCUCCUCAAGGAUGUCUCCUUGUACGUCGAGAGUGGGCAGAUCGUGUGCAUCUUGGGGAGCUCAGGCUCGGGGAAAACCACCCUGCUGGACGCCAUGUCCGGGAGGCGGCGGCGCACGGGGACCCUGCUCGGGUACGUGUUCCUGAACGGCCGGGCGCUGCGCAGGGAGCAGUUCCAGGACUGCUUCUCCUACGUCCUGCAGAGCGACACUCUGCUGAGCAGCCUCACGGUCCUCGAGACGCUGUGCUACACGGCGCUGCUGGCCAUCCACGGCGGCUCCCAGGUCUUCUUCCAGAAAAAGGUGGAGGCAGUCAUGGCAGAGCUGAGUCUGAGCCACGUGGCAGAUCGACUGAUUGGCAACUACAGCUUUGGGGGAAUUUCCCAUGGUGAGAGGCGCCGGGUCUCCAUCGCAGCCCAGCUCCUCCAGGAUCCCAAGGUCAUGCUUUUUGAUGAGCCAACCACAGGCCUGGACUGCGUGACUGCAAAUCAGAUCGUUGUCCUCAUAGCAAAGCUGGCUCGCAGGGGCCGCAUCGUGAUCCUUACUAUCCACCAGCCCCGCUCCAAGCUCUUCCAGCUCUUUGAUAAAAUUGCCAUUCUGAGCUGCGGAGAGCUGGUUUUCUGCGGGACACCGGUGGAAAUGCUUGAUUUCUUCAGUGGCUGCAGUUACCCUUGUCCCGAACAUUCAAACCCUUUUGAUUUUUAUGUGGACCUGACAUCAGUGGAUACCCAAAACAAAGAACGGGAAAUAGAAACCUACAAGAGAGUCCAGAUGAUUGAAUCUGCCUACAAAGAAUCAGCAAUGUAUCGUAAAACCUUGGAGGAUAUUGAAAGAACAAAACACCUGAAAACAUUACCAGUGAUUCCUUUCAAAACCAAAGAUUCUCCUGGAGCCCUUUCUAAACUGUGUGUUCUCUUGAGGAGAGUGACGAGAAACUUAAUGAGAAAUAAGCUGGCGGUGACUAUGCGUCUCACUCAGAAUCUGAUCGUGGGUUUGUUCAUCGUUUUCUUCCUUCUACGGGUCCAGAACGACGUGCUAAAGGGUGCCAUCCAGGACCGUGUGGGUCUCCUGUACCAGUUUGUGGGUGCCAUCCCGUACACAGGCAUGCUCAACGCUGUGAACUUGUUUCCUGUGUUGCGAGCCGUCAGCGAUCAGGAGAGCGAGGAUGGCCUGUACCAGAAUGAGAUGCUGCUAGCCUACGUGCUGCACGUGCUCCCCUUCAGUGUCAUUGCCACCAUGAUCUUCUGCAGCGUGUGCUACUGGACUCUGGCCUUAUACCCUGAGGCUGCCAGAUUUGGAUAUUUCUCUGCUGCUAUCUUGGCCCCCCACUUAAUUGGUGAAUUUCUAACUCUUGUGCUACUUGGUGUGAUCCAAAACCCAAAUGUGGUCAACAGCAUGGUGGCCCUGCUCUGCAUUGCUGGGGUGCUUGUGGGCUCUGGAUUCCUGAGAAACACAGAAGAAAUGCCCCUUCCUUUUAAAAUCUUCAGUUAUUUUACAUUCCAAAAAUAUUGCUCUGAGAUUCUUGUAGUCAAUGAGUUCUAUGGACAGAAUUUCACUUGUGGCAACUCAAAUGGUUCUAUGUCAACUAAUCCAAUGUGUGCCUUCAGUCAAGGAAUUCAGUUCAUUGAGAGAACCUGCCCAGGUGCAACGUCCAGAUUCACAGCCAACUUUCUGAUUUUGUAUUCAUUUAUCCCAGUUCUUGUCAUCCUAGGAAUAAUUGUUUUUAAAAUCAGGGAUUAUCUCAUUAGCAGAUAGUAAAGAACAUUGCUGCGAAAUGGAACUUAAGCUCCUAGAUGUACAUGACUGCUUUGAAUUUCUGAAAUAAGAAUGUCACGUGAUUCUUAGUAGUACCUCGUAAGACUUUUAACCAUUAAGACUCCCUGUGCCCCUUGGAUCCAUGCAGGCCUUGAAUGCUAUUCCAGGAGGGACAUGUGGUAUUUGGAAAUUGUGACUGAGCUGGUCCAAAGAUGUUCAUAAUAAUUCAUAAAGUUAUGGGAGACUAAUGUGGC